AUGAAGUGGUGUGAGUGGAGUCGAGUCAGUCGUAGACUGGAGAGCCCUGUGAGAGCAGGGGACGGACCCUGUGGUGUUUAAAAAUUCGUAUAAAAAAUAUCAAUAACCUCAAUCCUCGUGAAUAAUCAAUUUUUCAUUGAUUCAAAGUCCCUCCCGGUGUGUGUAAAAUACCAGUGUUUGUUAUGUUAUUACUGCUAUUGUUGAUAAACCAUUCAUCAUCCGGAGUGUGUAAUCUAACUGACAAGGACUGAAUUAAAUAUCAUUGUCUUCGAAUUAGCGGUUUCUUAUCAGAUGUAAUUGAUGAACGUUUCAUGUGUGAUAAUACGACGUGAAAAAUAUUGUGUCAAUUUAAUCACAAUUCGGUAGUAGCAGGUGAAGAGGGAUUAUUCAGCAAUGAAGUCAAGGGGGAUAUGCAAUGGAAGGACAUGAUGACAGUAGAUCGAUGACACUAUCAACAAAUUGGGAUUGAAAUUGAGGUGCACGCGGUGCUCUCAGGGACUCGUGUGAGUGUACUGUGCGUGCUGGUGAGAUUGUGUAUUAAUUUUUUUUUUAUUAUACAACAAACGAGAGAGAUAAUGUCAGCUUACGCCCAAUUCGGAUACUCAUAUCCGUCGGCAUCACAGCUGUUGGUGAGUGGAGGACAACCAACAACAGCUACAUCACCAGCAAUGUCGUCAGGUGGUGCAUUGAGUCCUGGUGCUUUAUCACCAUCGUCAACAGCAACAACGACAACUGGUGCAGCACCAGGUACAUCUGGUGGUGCUACAACGCCGGUUGGUGGUACUGGUUGUUGUGAAAAUGGCAGACCUAUGAUGACAGAUCCUGUAACAGGUCAAACAGUUUGCUCCUGUCAGUAUGAUACUGCUAGACUUGCCCUAGGUGCCUAUCCACGAUUAGCACCAACCGCCACAUCAUAUUCGUCGUAUCCUACGCCCACACCAUCAGCUACGGAUCAGGGGCCCUAUCCUAGCAUUGGAAUGGACAGCUCGGCGUUCUAUUCACCUCUGGGCAAUCCUUAUGGUUUGAAAGAUGCCACGGGAAUGGGAAUGACAGCGGAUAUGAGUGCAGCAUGGGGAACAGCAGCCCUUCAACCAGCUGCCACAGGAUACUAUCCUUAUGAUCCAACGUUGGCGGCUUACGGUUAUGGGGCUGGUUACGAUCUCGCAGCUCGUCGAAAGAACGCAACGAGAGAAUCAACGGCGACCCUAAAAGCCUGGUUAAAUGAACACAAGAAAAAUCCGUAUCCAACGAAGGGUGAAAAAAUUAUGCUCGCUAUUAUAACUAAAAUGACACUCACCCAAGUAUCAACGUGGUUUGCCAAUGCAAGAAGAAGACUCAAGAAGGAAAAUAAAAUGACGUGGGAGCCGAAAAAUAAAACUGAUGAUGAUGAUGAUGCUGUACUCACUGAUUCAGAGGAUAAUAAGGACAAGGAUGACAUGAGCAGUGACAAUCGAGUGGAUAGAGUUGGUGAUGAUGCCAGACGAAGUUUGGAGGAUAAUGAACCCAUGAGGCAUGUGAAGGCUGAACACAUGCAGCAUGAAAAAGAUCUGGAGGACGAUGAUGAUCUAGAUCUCGAGGACGAUCCACGAAGCCGAGAGAUGUCUUUCCACCACAUGCCCCAACACCAUCACAGUCAUCAUCAUCAGGGCUACAUAAAUGAAGAUCAUCUGAAGGACGAGGGUGUUAAAGCUGAUUGUCAAGCUGGUGGUGUACCAAUUCCAGCAACAAAACCGAAAAUUUGGUCACUAGCUGAUACAGCAGCCUGCAAAACCCCACCACCUCCCUCCCACCCACAUCAUCAAGCGUAUCUGAAUCAUCAACAGCACUACAGCCAUCAACCUCAGGGUCAUCCACAACAGACACCCCAGCAUCAUCUCACCAGUCAAUCACAUCAUCAACACUCACAGCAACCCUGGCUGGGCUCCGGGGGUGGCGGUGGUCUUGGUAAUUUUGCCCUACCUUCAGCUGCAUCAAUGAGUCCAUCAUCUGCAGCAACAGCACCUUAUUCCAAUGCUGUAACAAGAUACGGUGGUUUUUUGAGUUCAUCGUCCGGUGGACAACUCCAUUACAAUCCAAAUUCAUCGUCUGGCUCGACAUCAAGUGCAUCAUCAUCAGCAGCUGCGGGGUUUCCCGAGGUUGGGACGGACACGCCACCACAAACACCUCCCAAUAUGAAAGUAACAACACCCAACGGCGUGAUCCAGGGACCACCGGGUGCAUAUUGCCCUGGUGGCAGUACAACGGCCAAUAGCAACGGUACAACGAGUCAUUAUCAAAGUGGUUUGGCAGCUAGUAGUGGUUAUCUAUCCUCAAGUUCUGGCUCAGCAAGCAGUACAUCGUCCUUUGGUGCUCGCUUACAGAGCUCACCCCACAAGGACUUCUCAUCUGGCAAUCAGACAUCCGUCCUUCACCAACAAACGACUGCCAGUCUUCCACCAACGGAGGCAACCACAGCUUUCAAACCCUUCUACAAAGGAUCCCAGUCAAUGGCCAGUGGUUUCGUAUCACCAGUUUAAACCGCUGUCUCUGAAUUCUCAGGUCACUAUCAGCAUUUGCUUGUUAUUCAGAAUAUUCUGAAGGACUGACAAGCGGAUAUUACCGAUCAAUAAUCCAACCGGUGUCCCAUAAACUGUAAUGAAAUAUCCGGGAGAAAAAAGAAAAGUCAUUGGAAUAAGGAGGUACAAGAGAAAAUAAAUAAAAGCGUAGAGUUGAAAAAAAAAAUGAGAGGAAAAACGGAGAUUGUGGUGUGAGAUGAAGCGAAGAGUGCCACGACCUCCGAGCGACCAUAAAUCGUUUGGUAGCUGUUGGAUGCUGAGGCCGACAUACAUCGAGUGAUACUCUAUGGUGGAGGCGAAAGGCUGAAGGGGGAUUAGAAAGGGAGAAGGGGUGGAUAAGAAGAAACCUAGAAAAACCAAGUGCAAAGCGUCUUACGUAUACGUGACAGUGGCAAAGGUGCUGCAGUGCAUUUUCAAGUGACGUAACAAGGGCGAUAGGAGUGGGAGUGAUGAUGGAGGAGGGGGAGGGAAGGGGAGGCUAGAUCAACUUCCUCCGAGGGUUGUUACAUACCUCCUCGUUCGCAUGAGCAAUACGAGAUAUCUAAUGAUGAAAAAUGAUGGAUAAAAAGAAGAUUUAUUGUCGGGCAAAGUGCAAAUAGCACCCGCGACGAGAACUUGGUUUCCAAUCGCUGGGCGGUCGCAAGGAUUAUAAAUAAAUAUAAAUUUUAAUUGAGGAUAUUUCAUUGUGUAUAGAGACUUAAUAAAGGGAUGAAAUUGAAGAAAUAAUCGUACCUUACGACCGCGGCAGCUAUCGCUUUACCUUAACCCUAUUCUACUUAUUAGAGGAUAAAUUAGGGGGAGAGGGAGAGAAAUUUGUGAAACUCCGGAUGAAGAUUGCAAACACAUGGAGAGGAAUAGUUCAAUUACAAUGACGCGAGAGUUUCGUAAUUAUCGGAUGUUUUUUCUCUGAAUUUUUACUGUUAUUCACGUGGACGGAGAGAAAUAUUUAAUAACAAUUACAUAUUUUUUCCGUAAUUCCAGAGGGGAGUGAAGUUGUAAGAAAUUUGAGGGAAUUGUCAUGGAAUUUGUCCCGAGUGUUGCGUAGUUUUUAUCCGAACCGUAUGUGAAAAAUUACGAUACUGUCCCGUAAACCCAGUGAUUUCCCAGUCGAUUUCGUAAUCGAUAAGUAAAUCCCGAGUUCCAUAAUUUUUACUGAAUUUUCCUCUCCGUGAAGAGCGACGAGACAGAUAAAUGAUGAAAAAGUAUAGGGAUGAUAUGUCAUUAUUAACCGCAGUGAGAAAAUGAUAUGAGAAAAAAAAUUUACCGUCACACUUGAUUAAUUGUUUAUCACGAGAGAAGAAGGAUAGGAGAGAGAUGCGAUAUUAAAUUAAAUGUAUUCUAGCCCCGUAGUAGCUUAAGGCAUGUACUCUGAGGGUUGUCGUGGCGCGUCGCCGCCCACGUGGUUUUUCCCCCGCUCCUCGGUAGACACGCUAUGCAUAUAUUAAUAUGGAGUAAAUAUACAUACCAGUGAUUACGAAUGCCCAUGUGAGCCAUAUGGGAAUCAAAGAAGGAGAGAGUGAUAAAGAGAAUAAAAAAAAAAUGAGAAUUUGAAUGAUAACUUUGGAAUGAAGAAUUAAGGGGAAAAUUUAUAUUGAUCAGACAUUGGCGCCCUGCGUUGUAUUCACGCAGUCUCCAGGACAUUUAUCGAUUAGUUUUAAGCUGAAUCAUAUUUAAAAGAGUGUGAGGAUGAAUUUGAUUAAAUGAUUAUUCACUCUUUGCUUAUUUUCUUGAUUUUAUGGGCAAUUUUUUAAAUGCGGUUGGGUAUUUUAUUAUGAAGACAUAUUUUUCUGGUGUUUGUAAAUUAAUGAAAAAUUACUGUGUAAUCAUUCUUGUAAUUUUCGAGAUGAAAUGAAACUUGGAAAAUGUAAAUUAUUGCUUUUUAUAACGAUAAAAAUGAGGGUCGAGAGCAGUGAAAAGUAUAACGAAAAAGUUGAUUUAUUUGUAUCUGUGAUAAACGAAGAAAAAAAAAUUGUAAAAGAUAGUGGUUUAGGUGCUGGUGCAUUCGUUCACUCGUGUAAAUCCUAUGUAUGCAGAAAUCAUCAUUAUAUAAACAGAAUUAGUUAAGAUAUGUUUUUGUAUAUAAUUAGGAGUUUAAUAAAAAUACCACUUGAGCAUACGCGUGGGCGGCAUGGAGGAAAGACCACAAUAGCCUAGACUAGAACUGGAUAACCCUUCAAAUCCAAACUCAAAAAAUACUAAAAUUUGUGAAUAUUAAAUUAUUUAGGACGGGUCUAAGGUACAGCGUUACAAAAGUCUUUGCUCGGUUGUUCGUACGAUUGUAAAUUAAACGAAAUAAAAACAAAAAAUGGCAAAAACUUGAUUGAAAACCUGCGAAAUAAAACCACUGUAAAUAAUUUUGAAUGUGAAUAUAGAUAAAAAUAUAAAUAUAAAAAUAAAAAUUCUAUUAUUAUCGACAUUACAACAUUAUAUUAUUAUUGUCUACUACGAUUAUGAAUUGACAUUAUAUUAAAAAAACGAAGACUA